UAAUUGUUGUGAUAAACUUAUUAAAUAGAAAAAUAAUGCUUCUCAACUACUAGCACUCAAGAAUUAAGAUUGCAUGAUGGUGUCGCAGCAGAAGACGAAGAAAGAGAAGGAGAAGGCACUGGCCAAGAUCCUGGACUCCUCAAAUGUCCAGAGCAAAAUCAAGGCUCUCAAAAUGUGUCUAGAGACACUGAUAGCGGAUGAGAUGAAAAGGUAUCUGUGUGAGAAUAACUACGCCUACUUCUAUGUCUGGUAUGACUACUACACUCUACACGUCGACCCACAGAUCAAAAAUAUCGGCCAAAAGACCCUUUCCAAGGACGUGAAAGAUGACGUGGAAACAUUACUUUUUGUCAUUGAGAAAUUGAUUCAUUUGAUGCCGGAGAAACUGGCUUCUGGAUGGCAUUGCAAUAGCAUUAGUGCUUUCCUGAAGCGACUGUUGACGCACGACUGCUGCACUAAAUACAGAUACUCUGGCAUCCGUCUGUUCCUCGCGUGGUACCAGGUGGUGAAGGACAAGGCUCCGGCUGACAUGGUGUUCCUGUUCUCCACUUUGGUACCUGGAUUAGACCAGACCAAACUCACUCCAGAUCCCAUGCGUGCAUCACUAGGAAGUCUGGUUGCCGGACCGCAGAUGCAGAAUCACGUGGUAUCCGUAACAGCCGCUUGUGGCUUCUCAUCUUCGAAUGUGGAUCCACUGGUCACAGCAUCUCAAACAGAAAUUGCACAGAACACUCUUGACCAGGAAGCACUCAGGAUCAUGGAGAACAUUCUAGAGCAUCUCAUUUCAAAUAUCACUUUGACCUGUUGGACGGACAGCAAAGGUGGGAGGGUGGAGGCCUUUAAAUUCAUGCUGAAAGAGUUCAGACAGAAGUUCCUCUUCAAGAUAUUCCAGGACUACAACCACAAAAUGGAUCUGUACAACGACACCAACGAAGAUUGGGAGCCGGAGGAGUGUGUGAAUGAGGAGCGGGAUCUGAUUGUAAAGAUGAAGGUGCAGGUCAUCCAGUGGAUAAUUAGUAUUCUUCCUCCCUCCAAGACCAAAGAAGUGGUAAUGGGGUUGAACCCACGGGUUCUAUCUCUUCAGAGAAGCUACUUCACUUACUGGCGACGACGUACCAUUACAGCAUCUGAAGGCGAGGUAGAUUCUAAAUCAGGGGGAACUUGGCGAUCCCUGCCGACCCCUUUGUUACCUUCUGGAGCUUCGGGGAAGAAUCUUCUCAUGUCCCAGACUAACAACCCAGUGUCUGGCGCGGUAUCCCCUGGCGAAGUGUCUUUGGCUGCCUCUGGAAACUUCGGUGCGGGCCAUCAAGUGAGAGACGAGGCAACUAUGAUUGCAUAUCAGGUGCUGACUUCAACUAAAGAGAAUAUCAACAUGUGUCUGGAGAUCUUGAGACAGGCGCUGUUGUUGCCGCUGGCCUACUCAGACACAACGCACAGUGUGAUCCAGUUGCUCACCUCCUGGCUAGAGUGUCCAGAUGAGGAAAAACCAGAGUUUGUAAAGGAUAGUAGCAGCAGUAGAUUGGACCACACCCCUUCUGACUCAGAGGUAGAGAUGGAGGAUGCGGCUGGCUUUGCGAAUCAGCGAAGUUCGGGCGUGGACCAAAGGGCGGCUGCAAACUCCAAGUCAGGAAGAUGCAUCUCAGUGGUCAUGAAUCCUCCAGCCAGCUCCCUAGUGCACGACAACCUAAGAGCAGGAGUGCAAUGCUACCUGCAGUACCUGUUCAGAGCACUGUCUGUCGUAUUUUACAUUCAGCAUAAGAGUGAUUCGCCAAAAAUGGACGCCGCGCUACAAGAGACGCGUACCAAAGUGGUGCAGAUGUUCAGGAAAGUGACAGUGACAGCACAGGGCAGUAUGGCUACUCACCCCUUAGUGCAGGCACCUUCCACCUGGUACCACUCCAUUCACACCCUCUUCAGGGCCACUCAAUUCAACUUCGACAACAAUCGACAUCUCAUGCCAAGCAACGAGCAGUUUUUGUCUAAUCUAGUCAAUACGUUGGUGGUGAAUUGUGUGAUGUCCAAUCUGUUUGUGAGGAUGGACACUGCCAUCUGGGACAACCUUUCUCUCCUCGUCUCAUCAGUGGCUCACAAGGCACCUGUAGUCGUCGAACAGUGGGCUAAAACAGUGAAGUUUCUGACCACCAAAAUUCUGUCUCCGACCGUAUUUGGAAUCGACUACGCUACAAUUGAAGAUGCUUUGAGUCCUGCUACUAGCAGUGAUCCCAAACGAGCGAGCAAAAAGGUCAGCACCAUGUCUGCAAUCAGAAUAGGAUCAACUAGAUGGACCCCCACAAACAUCCACCCAAAUUCAGAGUCCCAACUCACCCAUUCUGGACAGGUUCCUAAUUACCCAACGGCUGCAAAUCCGAGCGGAACGAAACCGAAGGCAAAUGUUUUGAAUCAGAGCGAUUCUUCGAAUGCUUUCGCGGAAUCGUUCACGACUCAGACGCUCUCGGCGAUGUUGCGGAAACCAGCUAUGACUGGGAUACAUAAUGGCCAGAGUCGAGCAAUGUCUGGAAGGCCGAGGUCUCUUUACUUGACGGACAAUGCGAAGAAUAAGUCGAGUCGCGGAAGUAAAAACUAUCGAAGGAAAACUGGAGCUGUCAAUAGUAAUUUGUACUCAUCGAGAUCUGAGACGUGUAUCUACACCGCCUCCAACGAAGACUCCUUCACGAAGACGAUAGACAGUGUUGGCAAAUCAUCCCACGCUCUAAUUGAUAAGAAGAACAAGAGAAAGCGAGACAGAGGCUCCACUUCCAAACUGGACACUGUGGGUUUACUUCAACAGGAUCAUAAUGAGGAUGAUUCAGAUACGGAAUCUGGAAAUGCAUUUGACGUGUCAUUCAAUAAUGACAACUUUACCGAAGAGAUGAUGCGAAAAGGUAUAAUUGUCAAUGUACACGACGCAACCCCGGUUGCGCACGAUCAUAACCAGGACACCAUCUCAACAACAUCCUCACACGACAAUCAAAUGGCAUGGCUUCAGACAACAACUGACGCUUUGCGGCAAGUGAACAUGCAGCAGAACUUCUUCUCGGGAGAUUUACCUCCGAACUCGGAACCACCAAUAAAUCGACACUUUAGUUCUCCUUCCAGAUCUAGAGUGGCGUCAACUUCUUCACACACGAUGGGAGGAGCAGUGGUACAGAGGCGCCAGAGGGUGGGAGAAGAUGCGGUAAAGCCGAGACCUCAAUCAGUGUUCGAAAUGGGAAGCUGUCGGAAGGUCCUGGAGAUGUCGCAUUCGGUGACUGGAGAUGGAAAUCAGUUUGGUAACAGAGAAAAGACUCCAGUUGGAUUAACAAAAUCAGCACGAUUUACAAUUGAAGGAAACAGCUGGUGUGGCGAUAACACCCGACUCCGUUCAGACACCUCUUCUUCGCUCGUGAGGUUCUCUGAAGACGUGUCCACUUCGGAUACUGUGCAGGUGGUGGCUUCUGAGUCGGAGGACGCAGACCCGCUAGAUGACUCAUUGGUGUUCCAUCAGGACUCUUCUCUACCGUCUCCACAUGAGAAAUUGGGAGAGGAGGAGGCGUACGAUUUCAACAUAGGGCGAGGAGGAGGUGCGGGUGACCACACUCUUAACUAUGGUGUGGAUACGAUUCGGGGAUCAGAGACUCUUGGAAUGCAAGAGACGGACUCAGAAGAGGAGGAAGGAGAGGGAGAGGAGAACAGCAGUGGUCUGGAUGCCUCUUGGGGACUCACUUCCGAGAGCAGAUCUCUCAUCAUGGGUGGAAAUGUCAUGGGAUGGACGCGAGAGGCAGCCUUCAUCCUGUGGCGUCGGGUGCUGGGCAUCAUCGGGGAUGUGAAUGAGAUCACUCAUGAGGAGACGAGGGCAGCUGUGUUUAAGUACCUUCUUGAGAUGCACGACAUCCUGCAGAACAUUGCCAAUCACCAGAAAUUUGUUGACGAAGAGACAGGUCAGUUCUGUGUGCCUCCAUACGUUCCCCCAGUUCCCAUUCUCCUCCCCUGGGCAAUCGGAGGAUGUCGCGUGGGCACUCCUGCAGAAGGAACCUCUUUCAAGGCCUCGACAGGGACACUCUUGGCACAUAAGUUGGCUAUAAGGACUAUUCUGAAAUAUCCUGCUUUGGACACGGGGGUGGUCUCCAGUUUCUACCAGAUUGUUUACGAGAACUUGAAACUUGAUUGCUGCAUGAGCCUGCAGCAGUUGUUUGUGAAAGAGUUGUUCAACAUCUAUGGGUGUCAACUGCCAGGCUCAAUGGCGCUUCUGAAAAUACUAGUGGACAAUGCGUUCUCCUUUAUUGCGCACUUCUACAUAUCACCCACGCCUAAUAUGGAUCUGGACUGUGUGGAAAAGGCUCUGCUGUUUCUGGGCUCAAUUGUCUCCUUCCCAGACCACUACACCGACUGGAAGUGUCUCAAAAUAGAUGCAGAUGUGAAAAGGGGCCAGACGGCAGUCUGUGUGUACCCGAUGACUCAAUUGGCCGAAUCAGUGUCUGCAGCUGUGGCCACAUGCUUAGCGCAGCCUGCUCUCUGUCUCAGUGCGUCGUGUCGAGCCCUGUCCACAUUUUGUAUUGCAGCUGUCAGUUCAAUCUGCAACCCCACAUCAGGAGCAAAUGGGAAGCCUUCAUAUAAAUUCGAGGAAUGUCUUCAUGAAUUAUUCAAUCAUCUCAAGUUCAACCGUGACCCGGAAGACAGUUUCAUCCCAUCUGGCAAGUUCCUAUCGCCCAGUGAGUUUACUCUGGCUCAAUUAUCGGUGACUCACGUGCUCACUAUUUUUGACGCAUUUCUGCUGACCGAGGUUACUGCAUGGGAGCUACACGAGACAGUGAUCAGUUUGGUUGCUUCUGUCGUCAACUUGGUCUCAAAUUUCCUGCCAGAUCAAAAAAUGCUCAGUAUAGUUGUCUCUCUUCUGUGUACGAUAAAUGACUGCGUCUCCAGACUACCGUUUGAGACUCUGGUAUCUAAAGAAAGACGCCAACAGCAUCAGAGUGCUUUUGGAGAAAGAGCGUCGGAACAGAAUCCCGACUUGCCCCAGAUUGUGUACCGAGGCCUGACUAAGGUGCAGCAGCAGUGUAAAAAGUGGCAAUCUCAACUAUCUCCCCUCGACUCCGAAUCAGUCAAUGGUUCUGAAAUAUCCGCAGACCCAGAGUCCGCUAGUGCAAUGAACGCCAGGUCCGGAUCAUCGAGCAGCUCCAGCAAUAUAUCCAGUUCCAUCCGCAAUGUGGACAUUGAGGGUGUCCCGGCUGUGACUCCGAUUUCCGGGAACUCCGUCUCUACUGGAAGGGGUCUGGCCAACAACAGUCCAAUGGCGAAAGAACAGAUUGAAGCAGUUGAACAGAUCCAGCAGACUUCUGAACUGGUGUGCAAUCUCAUUCUUGGCCUGAUUGGCCAGUACCCUAGUGUGGAAGGAGGAGUGACCAAAUUGGACAGUGCAGUUUCAGAGGCAGACAACAACCCAGCUGCUCAGACCACAGCUGGGGGGACGAAAGGAAGCGACCAGAUGAGCUUCGCUCUUAUUGACAAUGACUACACGCAGACAUUCGUGUACAACGAAAACACUAUCAUUACAGUGCUUGAGCUGCCAGUAAUGGUUGACGACGAAAAGGUUGCUUCUUCAAAUCGACAUUUAGUUCGAUUCAUAAUCCGAGACCUUUCUGGAAAAUACUGCUACGACUUUGUUUCAACUGACGACGAAUUGGCCGCCGACUCGAACUCUUCUCGCGGUGACGGCAAUGAAGCUACCAAGCCGGGCAGUGCUGAUAAAACGUUGGACAACUUGAUUCCGAUGGAGAGAAACGAGCAACAUUCAGAUUGUUGUGUCGAGUCAGGAGACUCGUCGGAUAACGCUCAGGUGCAAUACGGAAGUUCACCAGAAUCAUCUACAUUCCCAAUAAGUGAUGCCAAUUCAAACAGCAUAUCAGUCAACAAAGCCCACGGGCAUGUGGUCGACGCGACAAACGAAGACUCCACGAAGGACGAAGACACGAGGGAGUGCGAGUCAUCAUCAGUGGGGGAGGGGGACGAUGAGAAGACAGAACACGGAGAUACUCAGAGUGGGGGGCUGAAGUUUGAUAUUCUGGACUAUCUUGAAAGUCCAGUUGCAGAUCCAGCAAGGAUACCAAAUGCUCUCAGCGAGGUGCUGGCAUUCCUCUCUACCAGUCCUGAUUUGCUGGACUUCCCCGGGCAGAGACUGGACGCGCCAUCCCCCCUGCAUGGCUUCAUGGAGAGGUACAAAGGCGAAAUAGAGGAGAUGCAGCAGACAAUGUUGCUGAAAGAAAAGAAGGAAAUGGAGAUGGGGCAGAGGUGGGAGUCGAACCUAGACCACGAGCAUGACUCAGCAGAUACGAGGGAAGAAGAGCGUCCAUUUGCUACAAGUGCGCGUUUGCUGAUGCAACUAAAUUGUUUCUCGUGGACCAAUAGGAAACUGCUGUUUCUCCUGAACAAAUGUCCUGCUCUCAUGAAAGAACUGAAACACCUCGACACUCAGACUCUGCGUGAGGCACACAAGCUAGCAGUGAUCUACGUGGCAAAUGGACAGGAGACUAAAUCGGCUAUCCUGUCCAACUCUUCUGGAUCCACACACUACGAGAUGUUCCUCUCCGGAUUAGGAUGGGAGAAUCCCAGAACCUCUACAAAAAUUUUAGAAGACGUGAAAAUUGAGGGUGCAUGGCGCAAAACGAAACAAGGGGAAGAAGAGCGUCCAUUUGCUACAAGUGCGCGUUUGCUGAUGCAACUAAAUUGUUUCUCGUGGACCAAUAGGAAACUGCUGUUUCUCCUGAACAAAUGUCCUGCUCUCAUGAAAGAACUGAAACACCUCGACACUCAGACUCUGCGUGAGGCACACAAGGUAGCAGUGAUCUACGUGGCAAAUGGACAGGAGACUAAAUCGGCUAUCCUGUCCAACUCUUCUGGAUCCACACACUACGAGAUGUUCCUCUCCGGAUUAGGAUGGGAGGUAGACGUGGAAACUCACAAGGGGUACCUUGGCUUGAUGCGAGCUUCUGGAUCAUCUGGGAAAACUAUUCUCUACUACGCAUCUCCCUCGUAUGAAAUUGCAUACCAUGUUGUCACACGUAUGCUCGGAACAGACGACCAAAAGUGGCGUCACGUGGGCAAUGACCAUGUGCAUAUAGUGUGGAAUGAGCACUGCAGACCCUACGUGCGAAGUGUGAUGCCGACCCAGUUUGCAGAUGUUCUCAUUGUCCUGUCUCCUCUGCCCAACAAACUAGUGCUGGUCAACAUAUCCUGCAAGCACCCAAUUGAACCACACCUUUUGGGUCCCCUGUUCGAUGGUGCUCUGGUGGACUUAUCUGUGCUGCCGAUGUUGGUCAGAGCGACUGCAAUCAGAGCCAGCAACAUGAUCAAACGCAGCAAGAACAUCACACAGCCUAUAUUCUUCGCUUCUAGACAGCAGACUAUCCAGUCGAUUGCAAAGAGAUUCAAACUGCACCAGACAUUUGAAGACUUCGUACACCAGACUCUCAAACCCCAGUCCAGAUCCUCGACAGCAGCUGCCAAUUCGGCCGCAUCUCUCACCAACUCCUUCGCCAGAACGGCUCCCGAGGGAGUUUUCGGAGAUCAGUUGCAGUCAGUGGGGAGCAAGGACGCCUCAGUCCGAUCAGGUCCUGGACUGGAAGGUCUAGUGCACACUUCUCUAUUCGAUCUGAUGAAACCAAAACCAAACCAGACAUCAAACAGCCAGAGCGGCCAUUUCCGUAAAAACCCUCAUCAUCCUCACGCGCACAGUCAUAGCUCAUCCCUUUUAGCCACAACUCUACCAUGUGGAGCUAACAAUAGAAGGGGCAGAGGUGAAGUCCCCUCCCCGGCUUACUCAAUGACCUCAUUCCACCGCCCCUCCCCCUCCGAGCCUUUGAUUUCCUCCCUUGCCAAAACACACAUGGGUGUAGUGUCAAUCAACACUUCGGCCAAUCAUGAAAAUGUGAAAACUUUUUCGGCGUCUGUCACUCCAGUCGGACACAAAAGACUAGUUCGUCCUCAAAAGAGAGAAAUAUCGCCCGCUGGUUUUGAACCCAACUGGGAGGAGAGAGAUGAAGAUUUGCGUUCAAAUUCAUCGACAGAGGAACAAAAAACAAAUUAUUCUACCGCGUCUCCCAUGUCUUGCUGAACCUAAUUAUCAUAAAACCUCCCUAGAUUUACAAGUUUGUGAGAAGAAAGAAUUGAAACAAUCGUUUAGAGGCGUUCAAUCGUUAAGUCAUACCGAAACGCUGUUUUCAUUCAUACCGAAAACCCAUUGCUAUCGCAAAUCGGUCAGUAUAUGAAUGUGUGGCCACGAAUAGUUUAUUCAACUCUUAAGUCAAUUCUAUGGAUAUCGAUCAUGAUUGUAAUUUUGGUAAUUUGACAAUAUUUAAUUUAUAAUGCUUCAGCUCUGUAGCAUAUCAAAAGUUUACGAAUUGAAAUAUUUUGCGUUCUUCUUUUUGAAUUGCAGAUCAGCCCAAUUUUGUAAUUAGGGCCAACAAACUCAAAUAAUCAAUUUGAAUCGAUGUCUGGUGAGACUUUUUGGGCUCAACAGACAUCUUCCAAAGA